AUGGCGUCCGGCGCAGGCGGGUCUUACAACAACCCACUCAAGAAGUUCAAGCUUGUCUUCUUGGGCGAGCAGAGUGUGGGAAAGACAUCCCUCAUCACUCGAUUCAUGUACGACUCCUUCGACAACAUGUACCAGGCGACUAUCGGCAUCGACUUUCUCUCCAAGGCAAGCUUUUUUCGGGCCGCUGCGUGGGAUUUGCCCUUUCUGACUGAUGGUAGACCAUGUACCUUGAGGACCGGACGUUUGAUCCCGUCGUAUAUCCGGGACUCCAGCGUGGCGGUCGUCGUCUACGACAUCUCGAAUGCGAAAUCUUUCCAGAACACCAAGAAGUGGAUCGACGACGUGCGCGCCGAGAGAGGAAACGACGUUAUCAUUGUUCUCGUAGGCAACAAGACCGACUUGAACGACAAGAGGGAGGUGACGACGCAGCAGGGAGAAGACGAGGCCAAGAAGAACAACCUCAUGUUCGUGGAGACCAGUGCAAAGUUGGGACACAACGUCAAGACCUUGUUCAAGAGAAUAGCCCAGGCGUUGCCUGGCAUGGAAGGAACCGAUGCUGCCCAGCAGGCCUCAAGCCAAAUGAUUGAUGUGAAGACGACCCCCGCCGCAUCCUCGCAAGAGGGCUGCGCGUGCUAG